GAUUGUAUAAACAAUAAUGUCAUCAAAGCUGGAAGCCCCACCGCUAAUGAGGAAAUUGUUAAUUGGACAAUUGUUUCAAAAUCCCAGUAAAUUACCAGUUUAUAAUGCUAUUCGACAAGUAUGGGAAUUGGAUAUCAGUGAUGCUGACGACGACGACGUCUGUCAGACACCAAAAGAAUUAUCCUGGUGCAUGUUAUGGUUACAGGGUAGAAUAAUUAAAUGUCAUCAUCCAAACAGUUGUAACUUUCUACUUGAUGAUAGUACCGGUGAAAUAUUAGUAGUAUAUGAGUUGAACAAAAGUCAAUCAGUCAAUUACGAACCAAGCGUUGGUGAUUAUGUUGCUGUUAUUGGGAAAUUAGUUCAACCGAAUAAUAAUAAUAAUAAUGAGAAGAAUGAAGCCUUGAACUGUUGGCAUGUUUUAGCUAAAAGUGUUACACAGCUAGGCAGUCAGAAUAUACAAGAUGACUGUUUAUCACCAAAAAGUAUAUCAAAUUCAGGGAUUUAUGAAUUGUCUUGGCCUUUAGAAGUUCUUGAUAUGACUUACUCUUUAUAAUUCAAAAGAAGUUUGUCAACCGAUUUCAAUGUCUAUUUUUUAUAUGUUGAAUAAAAAUGUUGUACUAUGAGUUUUGUUUUUAUUAUGCAGUGGGGCA